CCGUAUUAUUCCUUUUCGAAUUUACGUUGCAACGGCGUAAAGCAAGAUGCCCUUUCGUGAUCCCAGGACUCUCAACUAUGCAGGCGCGCAAGUCUGUGACAAUGAUGGGGAUGCCUUCAUGGAUACCGGUGUGCCGCCUGGCCUCCGUACGCGGUGCCCUCAAGAAAGGAUUCACUGGGAAAUGCCUAACGCACCACUCCCUGCCGAACCAUUGGCUCCUCCACAGCCUCGUUUCCGUUUCCUUGCGAACCCGGUUCCGGUAUUGUUCGCCGAGCCCUUACGGACACCGAUACAGGCUCUCCCUCCACCUCUUCCUGCAGGAGGGUACUCCGAGCGAGCCGUCAAUAACGACGCUGUGCGAGCGUGGUAUCAGCAACAGGGUGUACCUCACGAAUCUGGAUUCGAACUUGCCCUUGUACCAUCGUUUGCGUCACCAAUGUCGUCUAUUCCACCGCCGAAUGAAGAGAAAAAGGGCUCAGGGUCUUGCCAUGCAGUGUUUGUGGCAGCCUUUUUCUUCGCACUAUUCGGCAUCUUGCUUUUUGGAAUACUGAAACUUCUGCAGUUUGCCGUUAAAAGCAAAGCACAAACUACCACCUUUCCGCUGGGCAAUAGGAUGCCAAGGUAUGCGUCUACAGACAGCAUUGACUUAUUGGCUGCAUUCACUUCAACGGAAGAAGAUACUGUCGACUCGUUUUCUCGUACUGCAGCGCUGUUUACCAAUGCUACAAUUGUUGGAUCUCCAUAGGCGUGAUGAACUUGCCUGCUGUGGUUCCCGCUCUCUGCCUGCUGUGGUUCCCGAAAUUCGCCUGCAUCUUUUCUGUUGCAUCAUUGCAGAACCACAAGACAUACUCUACUGCUUCACGAGGGCGGACAUAUAACAGUGGCUUAAUAACAAUGUAUUGGACUUC